AAGGAGAUUCAGAGGGACAAGGUGAAGGCAGAUAAUUCGAGAGGCUUUCCAGCAGCCCUGCGCGGCAGAGGCACGCUCUUCAGAAAUAAAGGGGGGUGUGCGCCUUCCCGGCACAGAGCGGCUGGAAGUGGUCAUGUUUCUGCCUCCCCACCUGCUCUGACAUUGUUUGUUUGCUUCCUAAAACUCAUCAAAUAUUGAUGGCUUGGAGCUGAUAUAAGCUGGGUCUCUCGAUCCAGCCCCACAGCCGUCAUGUUGGCUGAGUGAUGCUUCGCAGACGUUAGGAGGAGGGCCCUGCUUCGCAGAGUUUGCCGUCUAAAUUUAGGCUGCUGCCGCUGCUCCCUGCCGCCUCCGCGGCCGCGGGAGGGUCGCGGGAGGCGAGGGGUGCCCGGCGGGCGAUGCCGGGGGGCCGCAGCGCAGCACAGAGCCCUGGCCACACGGCGCCCAGGACACCGGCCCCACGGGGGGCACACACCCCUCUCCCCCACGCAGCCGGGGCGUAGGGCGCUCCCCACGGCACGGCACGGCUGGACCCACCGGCAGCAUCGGCAACGCUCGGCGGAGACCCGGGGGUCUGCGUGUCCGGGAGGGGGCUGGAGGCGGAGGACAGCACUACAACGUCCCCAAGUUUGCCUUUAACCCUCGGACAGGCAAGCACUGGCGCUGCCGCAGGCUGAGAGCGAGCACGCGGCAUCUGCUGGCUGCUGCGCUUUGCCCUCUCCUCCGGGACCUGCGCGUUUCUGGGGGAAGUCCUCCCCGUUAUCCUCACUCCUGACGCUCCGCAGCGCGCCCGGGAGGAGCGGCUGAGCCCCGGGGAGGGAGGGAGCCUUCCAGCCCGAACCGCAGGGCAGCAUGCAGGUCUCCUUUGUGUGCUCCGAGCACAGCAUAAAGAGCCGGAGCGCGGAGGACCGGCUGAACCGGCAGAAUGCCAGCAGCCCCAGCCUCGGCACGCGCAGCAAAUUCCGGGCAGUGGCCAUGGUCGCCCGGAGCCUGGGGCAGCUCUCGGUGCAGAACGCCCCGUCGUCCAGCGAAUCCAGCGUGAAGCAGCCGGGGAUGAAAUACAGAAAUCUGGGCAAGUCUGGGCUGAGAGUGUCCUGCCUCGGCUUGGGGACAUGGGUGACUUUCGGAGGGCAGAUCACGGAUGAGAUGGCCGAGCAGCUGAUGACUUUAGCAUAUGACAAUGGCAUUAAUCUCUUUGACACAGCAGAAGUCUACGCUGCUGGCAAGGCUGAAGUUGUGCUGGGAAACAUUAUCAAGAAGAAGGGGUGGAGACGAUCCAGCCUGGUCAUCACCACCAAAAUCUUCUGGGGAGGAAAAGCGGAGACGGAGAGGGGCCUGUCCCGAAAGCACAUCAUAGAAGGUCUGAAGGCAUCUCUGGAGCGGCUGCAGCUGGACUACGUGGACGUGGUGUUCGCCAACAGGCCCGACCCCAACACGCCGAUGGAAGGGGACCCAUUUAGUUCUUCCAAGUCAAGAACAUUCAUCAUAGAAGAGACGGUGCGCGCCAUGACCCAUGUCAUCAACCAGGGGAUGGCCAUGUACUGGGGGACGUCGCGCUGGAGCUCCAUGGAGAUCAUGGAGGCGUACUCGGUGGCCCGGCAGUUCAACCUGAUCCCACCGAUCUGCGAGCAGGCCGAGUACCACAUGUUCCAGCGGGAGAAGGUGGAGGUGCAGCUUCCCGAGCUCUUCCACAAGAUAGGUGUCGGCGCCAUGACCUGGUCCCCGCUGGCCUGCGGCAUCGUCUCAGGGAAGUACGACGGCGGCAUCCCCCCCUACUCCCGGGCAUCGCUGAAGGGGUACCAGUGGCUGAAGGACAAGAUCCUGAGCGAGGAGGGCCGGCGGCAGCAGGCCAAGCUGAAGGAGCUGCAGGCCAUUGCCGAGCGCCUGGGCUGCACGCUGCCCCAGCUCGCCAUCGCCUGGUGUCUGCGGAACGAGGGCGUCAGCUCUGUCCUGCUGGGUGCCUCCAACGCGGACCAGCUGAUGGAGAACAUCGGAGCAAUACAGGUUCUUCCAAAGCUGUCGUCUUCCAUUGUCCACGAGAUUGACAGCAUCCUGGGCAAUAAACCCUACAGCAAGAAGGACUACAGAUCCUAAGCACGCACCGUCGCUGGGACACCACGCCGCCCUCGCCUCCUGUUCGCUUGCUUACGCUUUGUUGAAGCAAAGUGGAGAGCGGUUCGCAUCGAGAACACAACGCGCCGAGACCGUGUCGAGAAAUCGUUUCAAAUGUCGCUGCAAGAGAACAUAAUGCUUACUACGUAACAUUUAUUUUGGAUGCAAGAAAAGCCACCGCUGGGGAGUGCGCAGAGGCAGUGCCCACCCUCGGAGCUUCCUCUCCAACUGCAGAAGCUGCCCGCGCUGGUGCACAACGACGACGGGCGCCUCGGGCUUGGGCUCUGCACUGGCCUGGCUGGCCCCGGCACGUGGCCCCGGCAUGCGGCGCGCUCGCUGGGCACCGCGCAGAGGACUCGGCCGGUGGGACCUGUCCCGGGCGGCGGCUCCGGCCGUUGCAUGCGUCUCCCCGCUGCUUCUCUUCUUUACUUUGUGUUUCUGGACGAGGAGGCUGUUACAUUCGGGCGUGCUCGGAGCACGGCGGCCGCGGGAGCAUUGCACGUGCAGGGCUGGCUGCUGGCUGGGACCGCACGGGCUGUAAGAGGCUGCUGUACAACACCAACAAGGAAACAACGAAACUACCACCAACA